UUAUCAGAACUUUGAUUAACAUUCUAUCAAGGUUCUUGUUUAAGUUAUAAACAAACGUUCUUCUAGUAAUGUUAAUAAAAUGUUUGUUCAAAGUUAUCUGGUGUUUAAUAAUGUUCUUUAAAGAUUAGCACAAAAACAUUAUUUAUGUCAUUAUUUUUUUCAAAUGGUUAUAUUUUUACUUAUUAAUAAUUUGGUACUAGACCACAACAAUAUAAAAGUGUCUUACAUAUCUGAAAACGGGACGUUUUGAACAUUCGGAGAACAUUCAGAAAAAACGUUUCAUAACUUAAUAUGAACAUUAGCGUAUAUUUCCGAGCUGAGAUCCCAUAAGAUGAAGCCAUGGAGUGCUAUCUCAAGUGAUUUUGUUCUGAAUUUUAUUGAUGUGCUUAUUUUAUCGCAGGGUGACAUGUACGACCCUUGUCCCUAUCUAGACCCUUGUCUUUGUCUGGACACACCUGCCUCCAAAAAUAAGGCACACUAAAAAGAACAAAUGUACCCCUAUCUGAUUGAACAAUGACCUGAUGUAACUGUCUUAUACAACACUAUCAUAAAUAAUAGCUUGAAGUUACUGAUAGAUAUCUGGCCUCAUAGUGCCACUGUGUGAUCUUACAGAAGCAAUGUGUCAGUUCAUCCUACAGCUGUUGAGGAUAAUGUGAUAAAUCUUUGUCUAUCCACAAGGCAAAAUUUCCACAGGCCUGAAACAUAUCAUGUUGAUGAUGACAAAUUCUGUGACUUAAGCAACGAUACUGCAGUUUAGUUACACUCCUAGAGUUUCUAGUUUCAUAUUCAAAAAUAAUAAUGGUACAGAGCUUGAGGUGAACCUGAAAAUAGGUCAUUUAAGAUCUGUUUUUCUCUUUUUUUAAGAUAAGACAACAAGACUAUCUGACCAGAUAAGAUGUGUAGACCAUGUUUAUGGUGUUUGUGUUUAAAUGUGAAGAGCUUUAAAUAUAAUGGCACACUUUUCUAUACAAUAAAAUAAGAUGUAUAUGCAUCAGCAUUUUUCUUCACAAUCUCAGGUCAAUAAAGUGGCUUGAAGGUUUCAUUGUAUUCUCAAGUGUUUUGAAUAGCAUUCCAUUUCAUUCUAUUGUGAACAGCCUAAAGGGAUGGAUAUACACACCACUGAUUCCACCAUGAGAGACACACUAAAUCUUCAUUGUGUCUGUCAAAGAAAAAAAUCUUCCUUUAAAAAAAGUAAAUUGUGAAAUAAAUGAAUCUUGAUUGGUCUGUUGCUAUAAUUGGGUACAUUUUGAUUGGCCAAAUCUGACAGAAGUCCUGUGUUUUGUAUAGGCCAGAAAAAAAAACUUUGAUGAAAUUAGUGUUAUGUUAUACAUGUGUAGCCCUCCCUGUCUUUCUCCCCACCCCUCACUAUACUUCAUGCGGAGUUCCCCACUCAAAACUAAAGGGGCAUGUAGCAGGAACAAAAUGAACAGGGGAAUAACGCAAUUAACAGGCCUGAAUUUGCUCUUUCAGUUCGUAACCUGUUCAAGACUGGUGUGUUACUUCACAAACUGGUCUCAGUACAGAGCAGGAACUGCUAGAUACCUUCCCGAGAAUGUGGACCCGUACUUGUGUACUCAUUUGAUCUAUGCAUUUGCCAUUAUAAACUAUGCCAAUAACAUAGCAGGCAGUGAGUGGAAUGAUGUGGCCCUUUAUUCGACCUUCAAUGCACUUAAGAACAAAAAUCCUCAGUUGAAAACCUUGUUGUCUGUCAGAGACCAGGAUUCACAAUUCUCCAUUAUGUUGUCCAACUGGACAAACCGUCAGACAUUCAUCAAGUCUUCUAUAGAAUUUCUGAGGAAGUAUAACUUUGACGGGCUGGAUUUGGACUGGGAACACAAGGGAACUCCGGAGACACGUCCGGAAGAUAAGCUGAAAUUCACUCUACUGUGCAAGGAACUUCUGGAAGCAUUUCUAGCUGAAGGCAUGUCAAACAAAGAUGCAAGACUUAUUCUAACAGCAACUGUUUCAGCACAGAAAGAAGUUAUUGAAAGGAGCUACAAUAUUCCAGAGAUCUCAAAGUAUUUGGACUUUAUUAGUGUCAAGACAUUUGAUUUUCAUACGUUUAAAGACGGCAUAGCGAGACAUCACAGUCCUUUGUACAGCGCCAUCCAUGAUGAGGAAAAUAUCAACUCAAACACCGAUUUUGCUCUACAAUACUGGAGAUUCCAGGGAGCUCCUGCCGAGAAGUUGUUGAUGGGUUUUGCCACAUAUGGACGUUCCUUCAUCCUCACCUCCUCUCAGAAUGGAGUUGGUGCCCCAGCCAAUAACUUUGCUUCUCCUGGACCUUAUACACAAGAGAUGGGCUUGUGGUCUUACUUUGAAAUAUGUCUUUUCAUACAUGGUGGCAUAGUACAGUGGAUAGAAGACCAGAAUGUUCCUUUUUCUAUUAAAGGCAGCGACUGGGUGGGCUUUGACAAUCUGAGGAGCUUUGAGAUUAAGAUAAAAUACUUACAGGAGCAUAGCUUUGGAGGUGCGUUUGUAUGGGCUCUAGACUUGGAUGACUUUUCUGGAUAUUUCUGUGGACAAGGCAAUUAUCCUUUAGUCAACAAUCUAAAGAAAUUGUUAAUACUUGGAGCAAAAGAUGAAUUGUAUGCUUCCAUGGCUACAAGCACCAGCACUUCCAACAACACUUUUGUAACAGUUGGGAAGGGAUCUUCACCGCCAACAUGUGUGAAGACUCUCAGCUCUCUUCCAGCACUGGGAAGUCAGUUUUGUGCAAAUAGAUCAGAUGGACUUUAUCACAGAAUGGAUUCCCUUAACUCGUUUUAUAGCUGUACUGGAGGAAUGACAAGUAUCACAUGGUGCACCCCUGCCGUUUUAAAUAAUUCUGGGGCAGCACAACCAUCACAGAUGAUAUUUUUGAUUACAUUAGGUAGUGCAAGUCUCCUAAUGUGGCAUACUGCCUACUGAUUUAAUGUAAAAACAUGGAUGGAAAGACAACUCAGCACAAGUUUUAAAAUAAAUCUCUUUUAGCUUACUGCAGCAUAGGUCACAGCCUACUUAUGGAUACAUGUUGAGCAUUUUUGAAUAGCUGUGAUUGUUACUGUGAAAUCUUUUUUAAUUGUCUUCAGCAAUCGUCGGUAUGAAACAGAAGUUGAAAUAGUCGUUUCUUCCCCAUUGUGACGUAUAUCAGAGUGAAACGGCUUCUUGAUCAAGAAAAAAUGUAGGGUGGAAAAAUGGCUAUUGCUGUCUCGUGAGUGAUGGGUUGUCCCACUUUCACUUUAGAAAACAUAUCCUCAAAGAAAGAAGAGAUGUUGUUGCAAGAGGGAGGGGAAAUUAUUGUAAUUAAAGAUUAAGCAAGCACAUGAAUUUUUUUUUUUAGAAAAAGAUAAUGACUGUGCAAACAUAAAUCAUUUGUAAUAAAUACUGCAAUAUAUCAUUUAAAAAAAAAGGUGACAUGCUUUAAUUUACAUGUGAGCCAAUUUAAUCAAUAGUCAAGCAACUAAUUUAUCAUAGAAAAGUGUCUCACUAAUUUUUGUUGGAUGUAAAAACUGUUUCUAAAACAAAACUGUUUUAGCAAAUUACCUCAACAAUUGUAAUGUGAAACAAAAGAUGUACUAUUGCAUGCAUUUACAGGAAAAUAUGAAGAUCAUUAUUUAAUUUUGCUUAUUAUUGUCAUAAUUAUUAUUUUAUUGUUGUCAUUAAAAUUAUACAUUAGUAGGUAAACAACAUUGUCAUAUAUAUAUAUAGUAUAUCUAAUAUUCCACAUUGUGACUGAUCUGUGUGUGUUUAGAGUUAACAAAUACAAAUUGCAAAAUUUUGCUUUUAUUCUUUUCAUUAGAGUAUUUUUACGAAAAUAAAUAUCCCACAGUAUAGUGACUAUUCAGGGACAUUUUUUUUUAUAA